GCUAUCUUUGCAUAUCGUUCAUAAGUAGCUGCGAAACUUUUUGCGCACUAUAGCCAAACAUGGGGGCGAUACCGAAGGGAACUAAAUACAUCAAAACGAUUCCUUUUUUCUUGAAGAUAGCAGAAUUUGGUGUACUGUUGAUUGCAAUAAGUACAUUGGGAGCAUUUUUAGACAACUUAGGUUCUGCCAUCAACCCUUGGGGAGGAAAAGGUAGCUUAUAUUUUGGAAUGUUUGCAAUUGUCGUCUCAUGGAUUGUUGUCAUGGUGAUGGUCGUUGUUUUUGUAACUGGAUUGCAUGAAACAGUCACUGUGAUCAACUGGCCAUUGACGGUAGGUGUUCAUGAACAUGGUGCUAUGGGGUGUAAUGCUGUUAACAGCCUGUGGUGUUAUGUCCAACACUCUUCGAAAAUAUUAUAACAAGAAGAUCUCUAAUACACUAUGUAACUCCCUGGACACUGAUGAAGUCGGUGUAGUAUGCUUUCAUCUUGUUAGUGCUACGGUUAGUCAUUCACGUAGUU